CACGAGACAACAUCAGUAGUAGGUUCACAUGUUGGUGUUUUCAUAUUACUAAUUGGAAUUCAGAGGACUAAAUUUUGUAAGUUAUCAGAUUCAUAAUUUUCGUUAAAGAUGCUAUAGCCCCAGUUGGUGUGUGGUUCAUUCAAUGGAAUUGGUGGUAAGAUCAAAUGACAAAUAGACAACUUGACGUUCUGUGAUAAUUGAACUGCUGUUGCCAACAGGAUGCCGCGUUAUGCACAGCUUGUCAUUGGUCCAGCAGGCAGUGGAAAGUCCACAUACUGCAGUAACAUGCUGCGUCACUGUGAGAAUAUCCACCGAGCAGCUCACGUUGUGAACCUUGACCCCGCUGCUGAGUAUUUUGAUUAUCAGCCAGUUGCAGAUAUAAGAGAAUUAAUUGAAGUUGAUGAUGUCAUGGAUGACGAUGCUCUCAGGUUUGGACCAAACGGUGGAUUGGUCUUCUGUAUGGAGUAUUUUGCGCAGAAUUUUGACUGGUUGAAGGAGCAGCUUGGUGAUAUUGAAGACGAUUAUCUUAUAUUUGACUGUCCAGGGCAGAUUGAGUUAUACACACACAUCCCAGUCAUGAAGCAGUUUGUGGAAACCCUCCAGAGCUGGGAUUUUAGACUGUGUGCAGUAUUUCUCAUAGACUCUCAGUUCAUGGUGGACACUGCAAAGUUCUUCUCAGGUAUCAUGGCUGCUCUUUCUACAAUGGUAAACCUUGAGGUUGCACAUAUCAAUGUUAUGUCCAAGAUGGACCUACUGAGCAAGAAAGCAAAGAAAGAUGUUGAAAAGUUUCUGGAUCCGGAUCCACAGUUGCUUCUCUGUGAAGCCCAACAUUUUUCGCCAAAGUUUGAGAAGCUGAACAAGGCAUUUGCAAACUUGAUUGAGGACUAUAGUCUUGUGCGAUUCAUCCCGCUGGAUCCAACUGAUGAAGAAUCAAUUGGGGACCUUUUGCUCAGCAUCGACACAACGUUACAGUUUGAUGAAGACCAGGAUGUUCGGAUACCAAGAGAUGUUGAUGAAGAUGAUGCGGACAAUGGGGCUUGUGGAUAGCAGCUUCAAGGGUACCAAGAGAUGUUGAUGAAGAUGAUGCGUACAGUGGGGCUUGUGGAUAGCUGCUUCAAGAGUCAACAUUUAGUUGAACUUUUAUGCAAAACAAAAGUGAAAUCAGAACAUCAAUUAAAGAGGAUGAGAAGAUUUUCUAUUGUGAUGAGUGUCGAUGAUGGCUUGAAUGCCAGUUUCUUCUGACAGUUCUCCUCCAGCACAGUCUAACACUCAUUGAUGACUUACUGAUCACCAUAUCUGCAUACUUGGAAUGGCAGUCUUUUUGACAGUCUUUGUUCACAGUUCUCGCUGGGAGUGUGCAUGCUCAGACCUGAGCAUAUGCACGCACGCUCAGUGGAGCCACCAAGUAAAAGGACAGUUAUGUCUGCUGCCGCCAGCGUCUCAAAAGUCUCCCAUUGAACUGCAUAUUACGCUGACUAAGCCAGCUAAGUCUGGAUUGAAAGCUAAGCCCAACUCCCCUACUUGUUGUUAUGUAUAUAUAUAUACAAAUAUUUUGUCAAGCUGCAACCUGCUUUAUCUCCAUUUUGUAGUUAUACAUUUUAAGUGCAGGGCAAUCCCCUUUUCCAAAUUAAAACAAAAGAUGAUUCACAGCUCAGUUCUAUUGACUUUUGUGUACAAAGAAAGCUAAUGAUAUUAGGUUCUGCCUGUGUUAUUUUAUUUAAGCUUUUCUGUGUCUU